AUGCACGCUUUGAAAUGCACCAGAAAUGAUCCUGUACAUAUUCCACAUGAGUGGUAUGAGCCAGGUGAUCUCCUCAUUGGUGGGAUGGUGUCUCUUAUCCAUUAUCUAUCCCGCCCAGUCGACUUCACAGAACACCCUUCUCUGGUCCUGACUGAAAUCCCACUUGUUUUAACCAAGUUCUACCAGAACAUCUUGGCCUUGGUCUUUGCUGUUGACACAAUCAAUGACAAUCCUAAGAUCUUGCCCAAUGUUACCCUUGGGUUCCACAUCUACGACAGCUACUCUGAUUCAAAAAUGACCUAUCGAACCACUCUGGACCUGCUUUUCAAAUCGAAUCAGUUUGUUCCUAACUACAAAUGUGGCAUCCAGGAAAAUAUAAUUGGAGUAAUCGGAGGACUUAGUUCCUUUACUUCUUCACGCAUGGCAGAUAUCUUGGGCAUUUAUAAGAUUCCACAGUUUUCAUAUGGCUCAUUUCAACCAGCAGUGAAUGAUCUAAUCACCGGUCCCUCCUUUUAUCGCAUGGUUCCCAAUGAAGACCUUCAGUACCAGGGAAUUGUCCAAUUGCUUCUCCAUUUCAACUGGAAAUGGAUCGGGCUCAUUAUAAAAAAUGAUGAAAGUGGGGAACAUUUUUUGAAGAUAAUGGAGCCAAUACUCUCCAGGAAUGGAAUCUGCUCAGCAUUCACAGAAAGAGCUGUAGAAUAUAUGCAUGUUGCCACAAUAAAUCAAUUUAAGAAGUAUGCAGAGAGUAUUUGGCCAAUCUUCGGUGUAAGCAAUAUCAGAACUGUUGUCAUACAUGGAGAAAUUUCAUCAGUUAUGUGGUUGGUUUGCAUUAUAGGGUCAGCCAGAAUAAUCCAAGGACUUUUUCCUGAAUAUAAAAAGAGGCUCUCUGAAGCAAAAGUGUGGAUUACUACAGCCCAAAUUGACUUCACAUUACAUCACUUACACAAGUUAAUAGAUAUUGAAAUUCAAGUUUUCCACGGUGCUAUCUCCUUCUCAAUUCAUUCGAAGGAGCUACAAGGCUUUCAAGAAUUUGUUCACACUAUCCACCCUUCUUGGUCAGAGAAAGAUGGUUUUAUCAAAACUUUCUGGGCACAAGCAUUCAGUUGUUCUUUUUCAAACUCCACAUUCAUCUCUAACCCAUGUACUGGAGAAGAGAGGCUGGAGAGCCUUCCUGCACCAUUUUUUGAAAUGAGCAUGACCGGCCACAGCUACAGUGUCUAUAAUGCUGUCCAUGCUGUGGCACAUUCCUUACAUACCUUGCAGUCCUCUAGAUCAAGCCACAGAUCAAUGGAGGCCAUGGACACACUGUCUCAUUGGAAUGUAGAACCCUGGCAGCUGCACUCAUUUAUUCAGAUCUCAUUCAACAACAGUGCUGGAGAUGAAAUUACAUUUAAUGAACAUGGAGAAUUAGUAGCUGGAUUUGAUAUUACAAACCUGGUCACUUUCCGAAAUAACUCCUAUGUCAGAAAAAAAGUGGGAAGGCUGGAACAUCAGGCUCAUCCUAGCAAAAAGAUAAUCAUUAAGGAAGAUGGAAUGAAAUGGCACAGAGGAUUCACUCAGGUGCCACCCCUUUCAGUAUGUAAUGACAUCUGCCAUCCUGGUUACGGGAAGAAAAAGAAGGAGGGAAAGAAAUUUUGCUGCUAUGAUUGUGUUCAAUGUCCAGAGGGAACGAUCUCAAAUGAGAAGGGUGAAGAAACUUGUGUCAGUUGCCAAGAGGAUCAUUACCCAAACAGAGGGCAGAAUCAAUGCAUCCCUAAGAUUCCAAACUUCCUUGCUUUUGAUGAAACUUUAGCCAUUAUUUCAACUAUCUCUGCACUUUUGUUGUCUCUGGUCACAGUUCUGGUGCUGGUCAUCUUCAUUAAGCACCGGGAUACUGCCAUAGUCAAAGCCAACAACAGAAGCCUCACCUAUAUUCUCCUCACUUCCCUCCUCCUGUGUUUCCUCUGCUCCUUGCUGUUCCUUGGAAAGCCUAUUGAGGCAACCUGCCUUCUCCGACAAACUGCUUUUGGUAUCAUCUUCUCUGUGGCCCUGUCUAGCAUCUUGGCCAAAACCAUCUCUGUAGUUUUGGCAUUCAUGGCUACUAAGCCAGGAUCCAGGAUGAGGAACUGGGUAGGGAAAAGACUGGCUUAUUCCACUGUCCUCUCUUGCUCUGUUGUUCAAGUAGUGAUCUGUGCUCUGUGGCUGUCAACCUCUCCCCCAUUUCCAGAUUUGGAUAUGCACUCAUCAGCUGAAGAAAUCAUAUUGUUAUGUAAUGAAGGGUCCGUCCUCCUGUUCUAUUGUGUUUUGGGCUACAUGGGCUUCCUGGCCAUUGUCAGUUUCAUUGUGGCCUUCCUAGCCCGAAAAUUACCUGACACUUUUAAUGAAGCCAAGUUCAUCACCUUCAGCAUGCUGUUAUUUUGCAGUGUUUGGAUCUCCUUUGUUCCUACUUAUCUGAGCACACAAGGAAAGUACAUGGUAGCUGUGGAGAUCUUCUCCAUUUUGGCUUCCAGUGCUGGAUUACUGGGCUGCAUCUUUUCCCCCAAAUGCUUUGUAAUUCUGGUGACACCUGAGAUGAACACCAGAGAGCAACUAAUACGAAAAAAGAUAUAA